CGAAUCUUUCAUAUGAUUCGGGAGUCACGAGUCAUAUGAAAAAUUCGUUUUGAACGAAUCACUCACGAACAACCCAUCACUAGACUGUAUGUCUGGGUGCUUUGAGCGGAAGUAGACUUCUGUAUCAUUCCUUACUCUGACAUGUUAUGACAUUUUUUCAUAUUCAUUCGUAGCAACCUGUUGAUGUUUCAUAAGGCGUAGUCACAUGACAAAAGCACCGUCUUUUACCAGAGCACUGCUUUCUACUCGCGCUGCUAUGCUAACACAGUUUCUCUAGCUCGGCUUCCACAUUGGCUAACAAUAGCACCGCUUCAUGCGAACAGAGACAACACUGGUCACUAGAGAUAGACAAAGGGGCUACUGCAGUCAGACAUUGCAGAGACAUGAGUGUGUUCAAUUUAGACCGGUUUCGUUUCGACAAAAAUGUGACGACGGCAGCAAACAAAGAACAGGGCCACGGUUCCAAAAGUCCGGAGUCAGAGAAGGAGAACAAACCAGAAAAAAUGAAAUCCAACAAGGCCCCACCAAAGAACAGAGGAGUGGUCUUUGAGGAUGUACUUUCUGUUGACUCAGAGGACGAAGAUCCAUCACCACCUAAGAUCAAAAUUGCUCCAAAAAAAAGAUUUGUAAAUCCAAAACUGAAGCUAUCCAUUCACACAAUAUUAGACGAUGGAGACAAUGAAAUGGACAAUAAAAUAAACCAGCUUCUGGAGAUGUUUCCAAGGUUGACAAGGACUCAGGUUCUGAAGGUUAUUAAAAGCACAAGCACAUUAGAUGGAGCUGUUGCUGCCUGUCUUUUGGAGUAUGGUGAUAAAGAAGAACCAAACAAGAAGAGAAAGGUGGAUGAAUGUUGUAACUCACAGGAUGGUGGUGAAGAUCAUCCUAGGAAAAAGAGGAAACUGUUAUUGUUAAGAUCACGUACAUCAACAGAGCAGUCGAUUAACUCUUCACCUUUCAUUGGUAAGUUCUCGGAGGAAGAAGAAGGAGAUGAUGAUGAUUGUUAUGAUGACAAUGAAGAAAAAGAGCCAAGUUGGGAGAAGCAGGAGGCCAUGGUGAGGAGGCUACAAAGAAAGUUUCCUGAUCAGGACAAGGAGGAGUUGCGUAUGGUGCUGCAAGAACACAACUGGGACGAUGAAGAGGCUCUGCAGGUGCUGCAGAUGUUCUCUGACCCAGUUAGUAGCAGUUUCCCUGACUCAAAAGAAGUAACUUCCAACAAAUUAAAGCACAAAGACAAGUCAAACAGGACACACAAAAAAAGGCACAAGCAUGUUGAAGAGGUCCUAACCAUCAGUGAAACAUCUCAAAAUCUGGACAGUGCCAACGAUUCAGAAGCUACAAAACAAAGUGAAAAUGAAUCAGAUGUUGAAGUCACAUCUAAAGCUUCAACACUGUCCACGUGGCUUCAAAAAGAAUCAAAACCUGUGUCUUCAUCCUCAUCUGUCAAGAAAGAAUAUAAUUCUACCUCGGAAAAAAAAAAAUCCUCUUCUGCUGCUCCCCAGAUGUUAUCAAGGUUUGCUAGUGGCACUAGUUUAGCUAAGAAACAAGCAGCAGAAAUUAAGAGAAAGGCACGUGCCAUGAAAGAACAUGUCAGCUCUGAGGGGGAAAGUGAUGGAGGGGAGGACACUGCGAGCAGUGAGUUUGAUGAGUCAGACAAUGAACUGGAUUCUAACAGUGCCAUGACUGGCAUUAAGGAGAAGGUGCUAGAGUUUUUCAUGGACGCAUCGCUGGAUGAGCUGUCGCAGAUCUCUGGCUGUUCUGCCAAGAAAGCCAGCAGAAUCAUAGAGAUGAGACCCUUCAAAAAGUGGCAAACACUGGUGGAAAUCCUUCAGAAAGAGAAUGGACUCUCUGAGCAUUUACUUGUUGGCUGCAAACAUUUCCUCAAAGAGCGAAAAGUAGUCCUAGGGCUUAUGUCCAAAUGUGAGACUAUUUCCUCCAAAAUGGUCAAGCAGGUGACCACAGUGAUGGAGAGUGGCACAGGAGCCAACAAACAGCCCAGUUUACUCAACAGCCAGCUCCAGUUGAAACCUUAUCAGCUGAUUGGGCUGAAGUGGCUGCUGCUGCUGCACGAGCAUAAACUGAGUGGAAUCCUGGCUGAUGAAAUGGGUUUGGGUAAAACAAUCCAAGCUAUAUCCUUUUUGGCCCAGUUGUAUGAGAAUGGAAUAGAGGGACCUCAUCUCAUCACUGUGCCAUCAUCUACACUGGAUAACUGGGUCAGAGAGCUGAAGUUAUGGUGUCCAAGACUUAGUGUUUUAGUAUACUAUGGAUCAGUAGAAGACCGCCGCUACCUCAGACACGAUAUCCUCAGUGGAAUGACCGACGUCAAUGUCAUAGUCACCACGUAUAACUUAGCUAUAGGAAAUGACAACGAUCGCAGCCUUUUCAGAAAGAUGAGACUGAAGUAUGCUGUGUUUGAUGAGGGCCACAUGCUGAAAAACAUGAGUACCCUACGCUACCGCCACCUAAUGUCCAUAAACGCGGAGCAUCGCUUGCUGCUAACAGGAACUCCAUUACAGAACAACCUCUUAGAGCUCAUGUCUCUCUUGAACUUCAUCAUGCCCUCAAUGUUCUCCAGCUCCACUACACAGCUCACAAAAAUGUUUUCUAUGAGAUCUCAGGUGGAGAGCCGUUUUGAGAGAGAUCGAAUAUCUCAGGCCAAACUUAUCAUGAAGCCCUUUAUACUCAGAAGAGUCAAGUGUGAGGUCUUAAAGCAGCUACCAGCUAAAGAAGAGAAAGUGGAGUACUGUUCAAUGAGUGAGAAACAGCAGGUGCUGUACGACAAGCUCUUAAAAAAACUCAAGUCGUCCACCACUGGCGAGAAUCGUGAGUUGUGUAAUGUGAUGAUGCAGCUUAGAAAGAUGGCCAACCACCCACUACUUCACAGACAGUACUACAAUACAGAGAAGCUGAAAGCCAUGAGCAAACUCAUGCUGAAGGAACCAAGUCACUACGAUGCAGAUGCUGCUCUCAUCCAGGAAGACAUGGAGGUGAUGUCAGACUUUGAGCUUCAUGGCCUGUGCAAACAGUACAGCUCCAUCAACUCCUAUCAACUGGAAAAGGACAUCCUGCUGGACUCUGGGAAAUUCCACUACCUCACAGAGCUGCUGGCCUCUCUCAAAGAAAAGGGGGACAGAGUGGUGCUCUUCAGUCAGUUCACCAUGAUGCUGGACAUUGUGGAAGUGCUGCUGAAACAACUCAAGCAUCGUUACGUCAGGUUGGAUGGAUCCACACCCAUAGCUGACAGGAUUGUGUUGAUAGAUGAAUUCAACACAGACCCUGACAUAUUUGUGUUCCUGUUGUCUACACGGGCUGGAGGCCUUGGCAUCAAUCUUACCUCAGCUAAUGUUGUCAUUCUACAUGACAUUGACUGCAAUCCCUAUAAUGACAAACAGGCUGAGGAUAGGUGUCACCGUGUCGGCCAGUCCAGAACUGUCAAGGUAUUCAAAUUGAUCAGUAAGGACAGCAUAGAGGAUGGCAUACUGCAGCUGGGACAGAAGAAGCUGAAGCUGGAAAAGGACAUGACGGCCGCAGAUAAAGAUGGGGAAACAACCAUAACAGAAGAUAUGGCUUAUUUGCUCAAAGCCUCACUGGGACUGUGAUACACACACUUGAAUAAAAGGUAGACUUGAGAUUGGGUAAAUACAUUUCUGAAUGCAUUCCGUUGAUCCUGGGCAGACUGUUGAUCCAACAGGUGAACCACUGAUUGGUCAGAUGUCAUGAAUGGACUGUGCCUCAACACUCUUUUUACAUAUUAAUAUUUUGACAAGGUUUAAGGGUCGGAAAGUCCUGAUGUGAAUUUGGCCAUUUUGAACACAAUAUCUAAAGUCUCAAUUAAUUAUUAAUAUUGCUGUAUGUGUUUUUAAUGUGUGAAUUUCGGACUGAAACCCAGUUAAACCUCAUCUCUGUAAUGGGUAAGCAGCCGUCACUUCACACAGGUAAGACAACAUGAAUAUGCAGCAACUAACUUGUUGAAGUAGAUGAUACAGAGAGAAAGUGGUCUGUUUUGUUUAGCAUCACCAACAAGUCUUAUAUUGGUUUUAUCGAUCCCUGAAAGAAAACUGCAAAAUAUGACCAAAUGGGUACAGGAAAUGCUCUGUUGCAGUUGUCUGAAAAUGUAAUUUCAUCCUGGAACAAUAUGUUUAAUAAGUACUUGCUCUUGUAUUCAUUUAAGUUAAAAAAAAGUUGCUGCCUUCAUUGACGGUCUGUGAUCUGUGCUAGCCAGUAUGCUGUAGAUGUUUACUUGUGACUGUUAAAGGUUUUUCAACAUCAUUUGUAUGUUCUUAGGUUCUUUUCUUGAACAGAAUAACAAUAAUAAAUAUUGAAAAAAAAAAAAACUUAAAAAA